AUGACGCACAAACACUGUUUUGAGGCUUUAGACACAACUAUGAGAGAUCAAUUGAGGUUCGCCAUACCGGGUAGUGCUAAAAAGACUUUUGGUGGAAAAAUAGUAGUUUUGGGCAGCAAUUUUAGACAAAUCCUACCUGUUAUUCCGAAAGCAACAAGACCAGUAGUUGUCGGAGCAACUAUUAAUUCUUCAUACAUGUGGACAAAUUGCAAGGUAUUAAUGCUCACUAAGAACUUGAGACUACGGACCUUAGCUUUAGAGGAAGAUAGACAUACAGUUGAUUGGUUUUCAAAAUGGAUUGCAAACAUCAGAGAUAGGAUUGUAGGGGUUGUAAACGACGGUUCAUUUGAGAUCGAUAUUCUGGCACGGUUUUUGUUGAAGUGUGGACACGAUCCCAUAGCAACUAUAGUGGAAAGCACCUUCCCAAGCUUGAGAUAUGACAUGCUUGAUGAGUCGCAGCUAGAAGGCCGAGCGAUCCUCUCGUCGACUUUAGAUGUCGUUGAUCAAAUUAGUACAUGUGCGACGAUGAAAAUCUAUCAGAAGUACACACUCCUGAAUUCUUAA